AACUACAGUCAGUUUCUUAUACGCAUCCUUUCUUGAAUUCUGAGUUUUUUGAGGUGAAAAAUGGAGAUUUCGGAGAGUGCUAGAGCUCGAUUAGCCGUUCUCAAGGCGCACUUGACCGUAUCUGAGCCGACUCAGGUGUUGCCGGCGAUCGAGCCAUGGGGCACAUCGGCUCACAUUACCGCUGCACCGCAUGGAUCGCUUAAAGGAAACUUGACUAUCGUCGAUGAGCGUACUGGGAAGAAAUAUCAGAUCCCUGUCUCAGAGCAUGGUACCGUUAAAUCCGUUGAUCUCAAGCAGAUAACGACAGGGAAGGAUGACAAGGGGCUUAAGUUAUACGACCCUGGUUACUUUAACACGGCUCCUGUUCGAUCUUCGAUUUCUUACAUCGAUGGAGAUGAAGGAAUCUUACGUUAUCGGGGAUACCCAGUCGAGGAGUUGGCUGAGAGAAGUACUUAUACAGAGGUUACUUAUCUCCUAAUUUAUGGGAAUCUGCCUUCUCAAAGACAGCUAGCUGAUUGGGAGUUUGAGAUUUCUCAGAAUUCAGCUGUGCCACAAGGAGUAUUGGAUCUCAUACAGUCCAUGCCUCAUGAUGUACAUCCAAUAGGAGCUCUUGUCACUGCAAUGAGUGCACUUUCCAUCUUUUAUCCUGAUGCAAAUCCUUCUCUUAUGGGCCUAGGUGUUUACCAGUCAAAACAAGUUCGUGAUAAACAGAUUUUUCGUAUUCUUGGACAGGCACCAACAAUUGCAGCAGCUGCUUAUUUGAGGAAGGCAGGCAAGCCUCCUGUUCAACCUUUGAGCAACCUUUCUUAUUCAGAGAAUUUCCUCUAUAUGGUGGAAUCAAUGGGAAAUAAGUCUUACAAGCCUAAUCCUCGGCUAGCUCGAGUGUUGGACAUUAUCUUCAUACUGCAUGUUGAACAUGAAAUGAACUGCUCUACUGCUGCUGCUCGGCAUCUUUCCUCUAGCGGUGUUGAUGUGUAUACUGCUGUUGCGGGAGGUGUUGGAGCCAUCUAUGGUCCCCUUCAUGGUGGUGCAAUUGAGGCUACGGUUAACAUGUUAUCAGAGAUUGGCACUGUUGAAAAUAUUCCAGUGUUCAUUGAAAGCGUGAAGAAUAAGAAGAGGAAGUUGUCGGGUUUUGGUCACCGUGUUUACAAAAAAUACGAUCCUCGAGGAAAAGUCGUUAAGAAACUGGCCGAUGAAGUGUUCUCCAUUCUUGGAAGGGAGCCUCUGUUUGAGGUAGGAGAUGCUCUAGAGAAGGCGGCACUCUCUGAUGAAUAUUUCAUUAAAAGAAAGCUUUACCCAAAUGCUGAUUUUUACUCUGGAUUAAUCUAUAGGGCAUUGGGAAUCCCAUCAUCAUUCAUGGCAGUCGCACGUAUUGCUGGAUACUUGUCACACUGGCGUGAGUCGUUAGAUAAUCCUGACACAAAGAUCAUGAGACCCCAACAGGUCUAUACUGGAAUGGGGUUAAGACAUUACGAGCCAGUGACAGAAAGAACCAAGCUGUGAUUCGGAUUUGGAUGAGUUGGGUCAAGUUUUCCAUCAAGAAGGCGUUAGCUGGGUCACGUCUUAAUCCUACU